CCGCUGUAACAGCACACCAAUUUACAAGUGAUUCAUUCAACCUUAGUGACAAAACACCGUACGUCAAGUGUCAUGAAAUCCGUGCUAAGAGUCGCUUCGUGUCUUACGUAGAAAUAAGUCGUUUUAUUAGCAUUUAGUUAAGAGAAAGUGUUGCCACUGGCCUGGACAGAAGCGGAAACGACCCAAAGAGAAUGGCAACGCAAACGGAAACCAUCGAGAUAAAGUCGAAAAGGCCUUCAGACUCGGCAUUUAAACAGCAGAAACUCCCCGCCUGGCAGCCCGUCCUCACCGCGGGGACCGUCCUGCCCACUUUCUUUAUCAUCGGAAUCGCUUUCAUACCUGUGGGCAUUGCUUUGCUCUAUUUCUCCGAUGAAGUACGCGAAAUAGUCGUUGAUUACACAGACUGUAAACAGAUGAAUACUGGACUGUUAUGUGCGGAUGUAAUAAAAUCGGGAAAAGUGAAAAGUUGCGAGUGUGAGGAGAAUUUCACGUUGACACAGGACUUUUUGGGAAAGGUGUACAUGUACUAUGGCUUGACGAAUUACUAUCAGAACCACCGGCGAUAUGUGAAGUCGCGUGAUGAUGACCAACUGCUCGGGCGACUGUCCAAGACUCCCUCGACCGAUUGCAUCCCAUUUGCAUACAGCGAUGACGGGAAACCAAUUGCACCAUGUGGAGCUAUUGCUAACUCUCUUUUCAAUGAUACACUGAAUAUUAGGAGUCAGCUUCACGGUGAUAUUACGCUCCUUAACACGGGAAUCGCGUGGCCUUCAGACAAACAAGUUAAAUUCCGCAAUCCUUCUGGAAAUUUGACUCAAGCUUUGAAAGACUUCGCAAAACCGAAAGCCUGGGAAAAACCGCUCUACGACCUCGAUCCUAAGAAUCCUGACAAUAAUGGCUUCCAGAAUGAAGAUCUUAUCGUCUGGAUGCGAACAGCUGCACUUCCAAGUUUCCGGAAAUUAUAUCGACGAAUCGACCAUACGCAGAAGUUCUUCGAGGAGGGGUUGUAUCGUGGAAAUUACACACUAAAGAUUAACUAUACGUACUCCGUAUCGGACUUCGAUGGCCGGAAAAAGAUGAUUCUAUCGACUACAUCCCUUCUGGGUGGGAAAAACCCAUUUUUGGGCAUUGCUUACAUCGUUGUCGGAAGCAUUUGUUUGCUGCUGGGCAUUGUCCUGCUCUUUAUCCAUAUCAAAUGUAGCAAAAGUACGGACAUGAUGAACGUGAACCCAGGGACCGCCUAUUCAUAAACCUUGAAAGUAUUCAGACACCAAGAGGAGAGUGCGAUAAGUACGCGACUAGAGUAGCCCUAGUUGCGUUGAGAUAUUCAAAGAGAAAACCAUUGAACGUUACUAUUAUCUUUUUUUUAAGUAUUUUCACACAUGUAGACUGUGUUAGUUUGGUUGCAUAUUCAAAAUUUUACUUUAUAUGAGGCGGGAAGCCGCUGUCGGGACAGUUGUAGGGGAGAAUUCACUUUUUAUAUGCUCUGAAACACAAGCACUAUUUCAUGUACGUAUAUUCUAUUGGUGUUACUAGAAUUUCUAUGUCAUUUUCACAGCUUAUCGAAGAAGGCAUUUAGGAGUGAUAAAACUUAAGCGACAGGAAAUUUACUAUUUAUGAAAUCUUUACAUGUAUAUGUACAAAAUUACAACAAAUGAUCAAAAUGUAUUUAAAUGUUAUUGAGAAUAAAAUAGUUGAUUAGGAAA